AUGUUUCUUUAUAUCUCUGUAAACGAAAGACGUAUCCUAUUCAAAUACACACCAAGAGUGGUCAAUGAAUAUGUUCUUUUUUUUUAUUUAUUUGCAAACUCACCUGGAAAUAUUCCGCAAAUUCUUAAUAAAUCUAAUCGCAUUUUUUAUUUUUAUUAUUUCUUUUAUUUCUAUUUUCUAUUUAUUUUUAAUUCAUUAUUCACUAUUCUUUUUCUUGAUCAUUCUUUUUUCUUUCUUUCUUUUUUCUUUCAUUUUUUUUCUCUCGUAUUUCAUUCUUUUUUGUCUUGUUGUUUAUAUCUCUCUUAUCUUUUAAUUAGUAAUAUUUAUUUUCUCUUAUUUUCUUUCUUCGUUAGUUUAUUUAUUUCACUCGUAUUCUUUCUUACUUUUCUUUUAACUUUUCAUUGUGAAUUAACACGUUUUAAUUUGUUUCUUUUUUAUUUAUUUCUUUUAUUUUUCGUCUUUCUUUCAAGAAAUCUCUUUCCAUUUCUACUUCAUUACGCUCUUAUCGUUUCCUCAUCUAUUUUUCUUUCUUACUCAUUUUGUUAUAUUAUUUCCUUAUAUAAUAUUUCGUCUUUCAUCAUUCUAUUUUCAUUUUUUUCCUUUUCUUUAAAGAUAUCAAUUAUAUUUUUCUUCAUUUAUUUUCCCUUUCAUUCGUUUUUUUUUUCUCCAUUUUAUCUUGUUGACUUUCUUCUUUUUCUUUCUUAA